AUGGACAAUCUAAGCCUAGUAGUCAGCAAUGAUAGUGUGAAUUCCACUUCUAUUUUACCUACAACCCCUGGCAAUGUCAAAAUUUAUACCAUAUAUGAGCAAUUAAUUUUACUGUUGUACUUCUUCACUGUUAUGGUAGUUUCCGUUUUCGGUAAUUUAUUUGUUGUCAUCGUCAUUAUCAAGCAUCAUCAGUUACGAACUAUUACUAAUUUUUUCAUCAUCAACGUGGCCGCAGCCGAUAUUCUUGUCGGAGCAUUAGUAAUGCCAUUUACCAUUUAUGCUGUUAUUACAAGUGUUCAUCGCUUGACGGAUUCUCGCUGGUGUAUCGUUGAAUGGUUUCUAUCAGCCUUUCUACCUUCAGCAUCCAGUCUAUCACUUUGCUGCGUGAGUUUAGAUCGAUUUUUCGCCAUCACAAAUCCGUACUUCUAUCGCCAAAUAGUGACUAAACAACGAGCAGUUAUCGGAGAAAUUCUUUCAUGGACAAUUGCUGGUAUAUGCGCUUCAACACAAUUUACAUGGACCACAAAUCCGAUAUUAUUUUGCGAUAAACUCGCUUACGGCACUGGUUUGUUGCAUGAUAAAAUCUACAUGACUGUAGCACUAUGUAUUGUUUGUUUUAUCCCCAUUCUUUUAUUUAUUUACAUUUACGGCACCAUCUUCAGCAUUGCAGCUGCUCAUGCUAAGAAAAUACGACGAGACAGCCGAGCAAGCUCCAUCAGUAGUCGGAAAUCCAUGAAAAAAUCUCGUUGUAAUAGCGAACAACGAGAAUCGAAAGCAGCUAAAGCAACUGCUAUCAUCGUUGGAGCAUUUGUUCUAUGCUGGCUGCCUUUCACGAUAGUUAUGCUAGUGAAUCGCUGGUUAGGCAGAACUCCUUUAGUUAUAAACGCUUUCACAGCAAUGGUCGUAAUGGGAAAUUCAGCCAUCAAUCCAAUAUUAUAUGUUGUCUUUAAGCGUGACAUUAAAUGUGUGGUCAAGAAAAUUUGCUGCUGCAAACGCGUCCAACAGUACACUAGGCAAAACAACAGCUUUAGCACAACACACAUUAAAUUAGGACCUAAUAAUUCAAGUCUUGUCGAAACCAACUCAAAUGCUGCUGAAACUGAAAGCUAUCGAUUCUAA